AUUUGGUCCUGUUAAAAUACAGACGUUCCCAGGGAUAGAUAUGCCUAUUCUAGAUAGUUGAGCUUUCUGUACAGUACAAGUUUUACUAUUAUAUGUCUGUGAUUAUUCAACCGAGUAAAGAGGUACGAAGACAUGACCUAGCUGUGUUGACAGUCAGUUUACCCGCAACUUGUAUAGACAAAAUUUAUUGAAGACGAGUAUUUCGGACAAGCCUGUAUCCUUCCUCGGCGUUAGUCGUUUUAAUGGGAAGUACAACACAUAUCAAAUAAAAACUGUAAUUUAAAUUAUGUCACCAGCGAAGUCGUAUAGAUGUAUCAUAGCAUUGCUUUCAAUAUUUCAAUUUAAAAUUGGCUCAGGCAUACUGACUUUACCAGAUCAAACUGUAUCAGUGUAUGGUAUCGAUAUUGACAUAUGUUCUGCGACACAUCAAUGUCAACCAAGGCAUCGAUGUGGCUUGGCUCCAAAGGACGGAGAUGACUGUGGAUGCGACGCUGCGUGUGAAUACUAUGGAGAUUGUUGCUAUGACUACUCGUCUGCGUGUAAUUCCUCUGAGUUCACCCCACCCACGGCAGAUGCCAAUCAACUUCAAUGUGUGGCAGGAGAUUCCAUUAUUUCUGAUGGCUAUUACACAAUAGCAUUAUGCAGAGACGACAGUACCGUUAAUAUCGACACAAUCGAAAAAUGUGAGCAUCCUGGUUUGGAUGACAUUCUCUUGACAAUCAUUGUAUCGGAUGGAGACAAUAACAUCUACAAAAAUGUGUACUGUGCUCUAUGCAAUGGUGUGCCAAUAUCUGAGUUGACCGCGUGGGAGAUUACUUUCAAUUGUUUCGAUGACGACGUUCGCGAAGAAUUCGGUAUAGAAACAAGCGCGCCAAUCAUUCCUCUAUUACCUCUAUUUCUUGGUACAACUCAAAGACCACCAACAACUACCGAGACGCCUCCUCCAAAUAUACACGAACAACUAGGUAGUACUUUAAAGUGUAACAAUGUUGAAUUUAGACCACCAUCCGGAAAACAGGAUUCACGACGAAUUUGUAAUUCAAGAGCAAAGUCAAGUUGUGGUGGGAUUUACUUAAACACAAGUGUAAUCCGGGCUUGUGAAAUGAAGUACAAGGGUAUUGUCUAUGGCAGUAAUGUUUAUAAGAAUCCACAUUGCGCAAUUUGUAACGAUGAUUCUUUUUACACUUGUGACGAGUUCACAACAAGCAGAGCGGUGUUUGGAUUAACACCAUUGACUGUAAUAGUUGACUUUUCUGCUCAAAGUAGCAUCAGUGUUCAUUCAUUUUAUGGGGCUUACGUCACUGAAGGAGUCGAUUGUGCUACUGGUGAAGUCUUUGAUCCGUUUACCAACAUGUGUCUUCAAGUAACGUGUAAACCUGGAUUUAUACUUCAAGGAUCGAAGUGCGUUGCACCAGUAAUCUCAUCGGGGUGCAGUAACAGUGCCAUUAAUAUACCUGAUGAAAUGUUCUGUUUAUGCAAAUUGCAAGAACAAUCAAUGCUUAUUGAAUAUCAAUAUAUAAACGAUGAGAAGAAUUUUAAGUCUGUAAAUGAAUUCAUAAAAGAUCUGGAAGUCCUAGAGGUAAAAUAUUUGGAAAAUUCUUCAAAACAUACGAAUAUGACGAUUAUAACAAUUUCAAUAAAAAUAAUAAAAUGUCAGUUAGCGUAUGAUAUAUCUGAUUUAUUAAAUAUUAGAAUCAAUAAAACUAAUGAUUCCCAAUUAAGCCGGGUGACUCUCAAGCAAAACUGUUCAUUGACUGAAAUACACAGUAGAUUAUUUUGUGAAUACGAAAGGUUUCUGCUUUCAGAUGAUUUCUUUGAGAACUUUGAUAAUACUACGCGAAGCGUAAGUAAUGGGAACUCUUCCACAUUGAUUCCUGAUGAUGGAUAUAUUUUGGAGAUCGUCCAUCAGUUUGUUAAUGAGUCUUCUAUUUGUAGUAGUUUAUCAAUAUUGACAUGUGAGGUUUGUCCACAAAUUCAAUUAGAUUCAUCAGCAUUCGCCGAGGAAGGUAAUGGAACACUAGUUCACGAAUUGACUGGACAAAUUUUUGAAGAAAAUGAGUAUGUUUUUUCGAAUUACUCAGACACCAGUAAUGUUCUUGUGUGUUCUUUUCUGAACCAGACUGGACCAACAAUUGUAAAAACACAAUUCUUUGAUUAUUCUGGUGCUUUACUAAUUAUCAGUGUCGUUGGCACCAUUCUCUCACUAAUUGGUCUCCUCAUUACGAUUCUUCUACGUGUCGUCAUUAAGGAGUUAAAGACACUUUCUGGAAAGAUUAUCUUAAAUGUUUCCAUCUCAUUGUUUUGUGCAUUAUUGUUGACAUUAAUUCAAGGAAAUUUUACUAAAUGGACAACAUUUUGUGAAAUAGUCGCGGUCAUCCUGCAUUAUCUGUGGCUUGUAUGCUUUUUAUGGAUGAACGCCAUGGCAUUUGAGCUUUUUCGAACUUUCCGGUUUCUUAGAGCCUCGUCCCGAAGUGAACGUUCUCAGAAAAAAUCGUAUAUCAUAUAUUUUAUAUACAGCUGGGGAAUUCCAACAGCCUAUGUUGGAGUUAUUGUAGGCAUACGUUUUUGUGACUGCACAAGUUUAAACUUGAUGUACGGCGAUGAUUCUGUUUGUUGGAUUCAAGAUGAAGUUGCAUCAUUCUUUGUGUUUGGUAUUCCAUUAGCUGUGAUCCUUAUACCUAAUCUUAUAUUAUUUGUGGCAACUAUUAGAGGAAUUCGGGAGGCUAGUAAAUCUACUGCCGCCGUUAGUUAUAACAAAUCCAAGCGUAAACAAUUGGCAGAGGAAAUGGUCAUCUACAUCCGGAUUUCAACAGUAAUGGGAUUAUCCUGGGCGUUUGGUUUUCUUGCGUCGUUUGUCGAUCACGUGGUGUUGUGGUAUCUCUUCACAAUACUGAAUUCUCUUCAAGGGGUCUUCAUCUUCUUAGCAUUCAAUAUCACUUAUUCAAUGAAGAAUAUAUUGACAUCGAGUAGAGAGAAACAAACCUCUUCAACACCAAAAACUAAAGACACUUCAUUAGCAACUCCUACAGUAAACAGAAGAGCUGUCCGUGUCGAUGACAGUCGACACGAAUCUCAGUUAUAAUAGCCAGGAUAGGAUUGGAUUGCAUGUUUUGGUUAGGUAUAAACCUUUAAAUCCAGCUUAGGACUAUUUUUCCCACAUUGACGAUGGUUUCUACUAACAUAUUUAUGACUGAAAAAUUUGAUAAUUCUAAAAAUGCAAGAAUUGAUAUUUAUAUUUAUAAUUUAAAUUUUAUUUCAAAGUUUUGCUUUAUUUUAAUGAUAUGUAAGCUUUGGGCUUUAGAUAUACCAUUGUAGUUGUAUAUCUAAAACCCCUGUACCAGGAUGUCCCACCCUAUUUUCUUAAGACUAUUUUUGAAGUAGACAUGAGGUAUUAUAGAAUUUUAUAUUUUAAUAUUGUUAUUAUUAUCAUCAUUAUUCUAAAAAUUAAUAUUCAAAUUAUAUGUAUUUAUUGUAUUAUAAAUAAAAUAUAA